AUGAACCUCGAAUCAAUCGCUAAAUACUUUGCGCCUAAAUCACCGAUGUUCAGUGACUCUCCUCGCGCAACCGCAUCAGACAGUCUCACCGGCACUGACGUUAUGGCGGCGCUUGGCCUUGCUGGCCACAAGUGCGGGUUUGGUUUCGAUCUUUACCUCUCGAAAAUCGGCAUUAGCAGCCCAGAUAUAGCACUGGAGAGACUCUAUGAGCAGGCACGUAAGUUAUCAGGUAAAUUCAGAGCACUGUCUGAACUCGAUGAAUCAGCUCGGUCAGGCGUGCUUAAGGUUCUCUGCGCUUUUGCAUACCAGGAUUAUUCAAGAAGUGCUGCCAGCACUCGAAAAUGUGAUUGCUGUGAUGGUGGCGGAUUUACAGAGGCGCAAGUGUUUACCAACAAGGUCUCAUACCCAUGGGGGAAACCGCCUUACUGGUCGAAAAUGUCGCGUGCCGUUCGCCCAAGCGACUGGGAGAGCUGGACACAGGCGCGUGAGGUGGUGCGAGUUAAGUGCAAGCCGUGUAACGGAAAAGGCGUUAUCAGCAAUUCGUGUCGCUGCCAUGGCAAAGGUAAGGUGCUGGACAAGGCAGAAAGCGAUCGCCAGGGCGUUCCAGUAAUGAAAGCCUGCGACCGCUGCGGUGGUAGAGGUUACGCCAGGCUUAAGUUCUCAACGGUAAUUGAGGGCGUUAAUACUGUUGCGGAGAUAAAGAAAACGGCGGCAUAUGAGCAACUUCAGCCGCUAUUUGAGGAGUUGGUCGCCGAAUGCCAUAAACAGGAGUCUAUGGCUGAUUCCAUUCUCUCAAAAGUAACGAGAUGA